GAUGACGUCACGCGUUUCCGGCGGAAGCAGGAAGUAGCGGCGCCGCCGGGAUCCCAAAAAUCCCCGAAUUGGGCCCAAAGCCGCCCGAGCUCGGCCCCGAACCGGCCCCGAACCGCGCCCGGGCCCCCCGGGAGCCGCCGAUGAGCGGCGGGCGCUGGCGGCGGCCCGCAGAGAUGGUGCAGCCGGGACCCGAGGCGGAGCCGGCGCUGGCGGAGGCGCUGCAGCGGCUGCGGGCGGAGAACCGCGAGCUGAGGGGGGCCCUGUGUCACUGCACGCAGUCGCUGCGGCAGCGCCUGGACGAGCUGCGCCUGCUGCAGCUGCAGCGCCGGGGGGAGCGGGAGCUGCUGCGGGGCCGCUGGGGCCAGGCCCGGGAGCUGGUGCUGCACCUGCGGGGACAGCGCGGGGACAGCCACGGGGACAGCCACGGGGACAGCCAUGGUGACAGCAACGGGGACAGCAACAGGGAGAGCAACGGGGACAGCAACGGGGAGAGCAACGGGGACAGCCCUGAGGACACCACCGACACCCCCGGGGAUGACAGGGAUGCCAAGGACACCCCCAGGGACAUCAGGGAUAUCCCUGGGGACGUCAGGGACACCCCUGAGGACACCAAGAACACCUCCGGGGACAUCAGGGACACCCUCAGGGACAUCAAGGACGCCCCCGGGGACAUCGGGGACACGCUUAGGGACACUCUCAGGGACACUGGGGACAUCUGCAGGAGCACCCCUGACACCAGCACCAAGGUAUGUGUGGUCCUCCGCACUGUGUCCCCCGCUCCGUGUCCCCUCUGUCCCCCCCGUGUCCCCCCACCCCUCCCACUUCCCUGCUGA